CCUCACCAUUUUUGCUCCUGCCGAGAGCUCUCCCCGAGCUCCGCAAGCUCUCUCGCCAUGGCGAAGACCACAUGCAAGCAGUGCUACCGCCGCUUCGCCAGCCCCCGUGCCCUCGCGGGCCACAUGCGCUCGCACUCCAUCGCCGCAGCCCAGGCGGCGGCGGCGGCUGAUGCGGCUGCGGCGGCAGCCGUGAAGCAGCAGAUCUCCUCGGCGUCCUCCGCAUCGACCUCCUUCGCCGCCGCGGACGAAGACUCCGGCUUCAAGAUGCCCGCUUCCACCUACGGUCUCCGGGAGAACCCGAAGCGCAGCCUGCGCGUGGCCGAUGCCGCCUUCUCGGAUCACGAGAGCGAGGCCGAGUCCACCCCGCCGCACGCCAAGCGCGUGAACGCCGCCGCAGCCUGGGGCGAGGCGGAGCCGGUGAGCUCGCUCUCGGAGGUGGCCACCCCGGAGGAGGACGUGGCGCUGUCCCUCAUGAUGCUCUCCCGCGACUCCUGGCCGUCGGGCGCGUUCGACGGGGACGACUACUCCGACGACGGGAGCGACGACGGCUACGCGCCCCCCGCUCCCCUCCCGCCGGCGCGGGCCCCCGCCCGGGCGCCGGUGGAGAAGCGGACGCAGUUCCAGUGCGUCGCGUGUAAGAAGGUGUUCCGCUCCUACCAGGCGCUCGGCGGGCACCGCGCCAGCAACGUACGCGGCGGCCGGGGCGGGUGCUGCGCGCCUCCCGUGGCUCCCCCUCCUCCCCCGCAGCCCCAGCCGCCGGUGCCGCUGCCAUUCCCGGAGCACCACGAUGGGGACGGGGACAUGGACGCGAAGCAGCAGCCGCGCGAGUGCCCCCACUGCUACCGCGUGUUCGCCUCGGGGCAGGCCCUGGGCGGCCACAAGCGGUCCCAUGUGUGCGGCGCCGCGGCCGCGCAGGCAUCAACCGCCACCGCCACCGCCACCGCAGCCGCCUCGACCUCCUCCGCCGCCCCUCCGUCCCCGAUCAACAACCCCGGCAUGAUCGAUCUGAACGUGGCGCCGCCGUCGGAGGAGGUGGAGCUCUCUGCCGUGUCAGAUCCCCGCUUCAAUCCGGUCGCUUGAAGCAGCCAACAAUCAGGCAGGCAGGCAGGCAGGCAGAUUAGCGACAUCAUAAUGGAUAAUUCCAAUGCCGGAGGUGAAUCGAGGUGAGAAGAUAAAUCCAUGAAAACUAAAAAAAUCCCCUAAAAAAAUUGAAAAAAAACAGAUGUGAAAAAAGCAGCAUCUUGUGUAGGUAUAAUGGUAGCUCGCUUCUACCCUUUUGCAAUUUCAUUGAUUUUGUAUCUAUUCACAAUGCUCUGUCGUUGCUGGUGUUAAUUCCGUUUCCUGUUUGAAGCGA